AAUCUCUGACUGAGAUUAUUCAGUUUUUAGAUAGAGAAAUCUCAGCUUCACAAAAGUAACUCAAUAGUCAAUCAGAGACUCCAUAGUUAUAAUUUUGAUUGAGCUAAACCAAAAAAAAAAAAAAAAAAAACGACACUCCUGCCCUUUUUUUCUAUUUUGUGAAAUCAUCGUACUCUCCGCACCAAAAAUGACGACCCCAGAAAAGUAUAUUUUUUUUGUAGUUGUGGGCUUCCUUUGCCUCUGCAAUGUCCAAGCAGAGGUCGAGUGCAACCAUACAGUGACGCAUCAAGCCUGGUUCGAUAUCGUUAUUAAAGAUUAUGAUGGUCCCGCAGAAGAUCUUCAUGAUCGAUUUGUGUUCGGUCUGUAUGGAAAAACAGCUCCAGUAACUGUCUUGAACUUUGCCAAAAUCUCAAAUGGUUACAAACAUCGCAACACCAAACUUCAUUACAAGAAUACGAAAAUUCAUCGUGUCGUGGUAGACUUCCUCAUUCAAAUGGGUGAUGUGACAACAGGUGACGGUACUGGUGGUAAAAGUAUUUAUGGAGACACCUUCGAUGAUGAAGAAUUCACAUUAAGUCAUGAUAGUGCUGGUAUUAUUUCCAUGGCAAACCAUGGCAAAAAUACAAAUGGUUCUCAAUUCUUCCUUUUGUUACAAAAAGCAAGAUGGUUGGAUGGAAAACAUCUUGUCUUCGGUAAAUUGUUGAAAGGAUACGAUUUUAUGAGAAAGAUUGCUGCAAUCAAAACUGAUGCCAGUAAUUCACCUACUAAGAGAAUCAAGAUCGUCGAUUGUGGUUCUGAGGAAGUAACAAAACCAGUUUGUCUCACUGAAAGUCAGAGAGAGGCAGCCACUGAUAUAGAUAUUGAUAUCAUCGUAUAAAUUGUUAUUAUUGUUUUUCUUUAGCAAAAAUCAAGCAAAAUUUCGUAUUUCUUCUCAUUCUUUCCACCUUAUCAUUUCCUUCAACAUAUUUUGCCGCUGCACUUUCUCACUUCCAGUUUUAUUCCUUCGAUGAUAAUUUGGCAAAAUGUUAACGAAGAGACAAGCCUUUUGCGAGAACAAACAAAUAAGAACUGUCUCAACAAAACCAUUAAAAAUGCCACCCAUAUUUAUAUAUGUAACAUAUAUAUGUAAUAUAUAUAGUAUAUCUUGUGUGUUCACGGUGGAACGUCGGCAGAAAACUAAUUAUAUAAACUAGUGUUUAUCAUAAUUUCUCAUAUAUAUAUUAUAUGAUCGAACGCCACGCAUCCUUUUCUAAGUAAGUUUUAUAUAUAUAUAUAUAUAUAUAUAGGUGGAGUUUUUGUUGAAUAUUGCGUAGCAGCGAUGAACUCAGAACAAACCAAAAUGUGACACCGCUUAAUUCCGCAGUUUUAUAUGUUAUUCAUCAACAACGUUGCUUGUUCUAUUUUAUUUUCUCAUUACACUCAAACAACUUUUGUAAACUUUUCUUUUUGAUUUUGAUUUUCUGUUUUGUAUUUCUGAUCUUAAAUGUUAUUUACUUCUUAAUUAGAGAAAAAUAUUAAUCUCCAAAUUUGGUAUUUUAAUUUAAUUAAGCGCCACUCACCAUACCAUGUGUAUGAAAAAAGUAAAAUAAACGUUUAUAGAUCAAGUAAUCAAGAGUAUUUUAUAAUUAAUAUAAUUAUUGCUUACUAACUACAA